GGAAACUGUGUGGGAUUUAUUUGCACCCCUGCUGUUGGUGGAUGACAUCUUACUCUGUGUAGGAGAAGGAUUUUGUCUGGCUUCUUAAUAUGACCCCAUGGAAUCAUGCCUCUUUGGGAUUCUGAUGGCAAAAUAACCCACCCAUGAAAUUGCCAUUAUGUCAUUCAGGGAGGCUGAUCCAGAUAUCGGAACCUUUUUAAUUGGAAUCAACCUGGGACAGUACCUUUUAAACUUCAGGGACUUUGGCUACCACACUUUGCAAGAGUGCGUGGGAAUAAAUGAAAGUGUUCUUCAACACAUUGGAAUAUCACCUACGGGCCACCGUAGACGAAUCCUCAAACACUUGGAGGCCAUGUUUACCAAAAUGCCAGAAACUUCUACAUCCAGUCAAAGCUGCUCUCCCAAGCAUCUCCUCGAUCCCAAACAGAAGGAAGCAGGUGGCGGGCCAUCUGAUGGACACACCAAUGAAGCUUGCGUCAGCAACCUUGAAAGAAAUCCCCACAAUACAACUCACAUCUUGUUGGGAAACAGAGCUAGUCCAAUUUUGGAUGUGGACUCUUUGGACAUGUUUGGUCCAAAUCUCUUGUCAGAUCCCACCACGGUGCCACCAAACUCACUGAAAAACACGAUGUCAGAGAAGAAACCUUUCAUGGAUGAUGAUUACCUGAAGAAAGGAGACCCAGAAAGCUUGGAGGUUCAACUUAAUGCCGCUCCCAAAGAUGGAUUUCUGUCUUCUGCUUGCUCUCCUGCUGAAAGUUUGCUCGAUGAUCCGCAGGAGACGCCGUUCUUUGAGUUCAAAGGUGAAAUGGUGGAAAAUGAUCUGUAUUGCACCCAAAGUCCAUCAAGAGUAGGUGCCAGGCCAACACGAUCUUUCAUGCUGCGGCACCGACCUGUUCCAGAAAUUCCAGGUGUUUCCUCGGAGGCAACUUCAAACAG